UCUCUGCCUCCCCUAUUCUUUCCGCUGCCUCCCUCGGGUGCGCUUAGUUCAUUUGCACACACUGUGCGCGCCUCAUCCGAGCGUCAUUCGCAGACAUGGGAUCGCGCAAAAGGCACGUCGUCAUCCCGCUCACUUUUGCACUAAUUGCCGUUUUGGCCCUAUUUCUCCUCACCGUCCCAAGCAAAGAUGUGAACGAGCCUCCGGGUUAUACGUACGGGAUCGUGCUGGACGCUGGCUCUUCCCACACGACCAUGUACGUCUACAAGUGGACCGUGGACAAGCAGAACGGCACUGGUGUCGUCACCCAGCAUAGCGAGUGCAGCCCCAAGGGGGGCGGUAUCUCCAGCUAUGCCUGGCAGCCAGGAGAGGCAGCGCGCAGUUUGGAGGAGUGUCUGGACAUGGCCAUGAAGGACAUUCCCAGGGCCCGGCACCACCUCACUCCCGUGUAUCUGGGGGCCACCGCUGGCAUGAGGCUUCUCAAUAUUUCGAACCCCAGCGGCUCGGACAGGAUCCUGGGGGAAGUGGCCGAAAAAAUCCGCUCCUACCCCUUCGAUUUCCAGGAGGCGGUGAUCCUGAGUGGCCAGCAGGAGGGCGCGUACGGCUGGGUGACGGUCAACUACCUGAUGGAGAAGUUUAUCAAGUAUGGGUUUAUAGGCCGAUGGCAGAGCGCCAACACUGAGACGAUCGGGGCACUGGACUUAGGUGGGGCCUCCACCCAGAUCACUUUCGUCACACGAGAGGCGGCGGAGGACCCGAGAAAUCACAUGACGCUGCGUCUCUACGGCCAGGACUACAAGCUGUAUACCCACAGCUUCCUGUGCUAUGGUCAGGGUCAGAUGCUGAUCCGACUGACGGCCAGCCUGACGCAGUUUCAGGGUUAUAAUGGCACCAUCGUCCACCCCUGCUACCCCGUGGGCUACAGUGUGACCAUGAAGCUGUCAGACGUGUUUGAUUCUCCGUGCACGUCAGCCUUCCGGCCCAGUCAGCCCAAUCUGGACGUCGCUGUGACGGUGGUGGGGACAGGCCAGUACGAGCUCUGCCUGAGGAACGUGACCCAGCUCUUCACCUUUGACAAGUGUCCUUUCUCCCGCUGCUCGUUUGACGGCACCUUCCAACCCAAAGUCAAGGGAGAGUUUGUGGCCUUCUCUGCCUUCUACCACGCCCACAGAUUCCUGCAGCGCGCCACCGGCAUCAAGGUCACGACCCCGAGUCAGAUGGACACGGCAGUCCGCACCCUCUGCGCCAUGAGUCUCAGCGAGUUGAAGAGCAAGGCCCCAGAUGAGAUUAAACGCCUGCAUGAGUACUGCCCAUCCUCCGCCGUUGUCCAGAUCCUUCUGCUGCGUGGUUACAGCUUUGAUAACACCUCCUUCUCACAAGUGUCGUUCGAGAGCACGGCCAGGGGAGCCGCUGUGGGCUGGGCACUGGGCUACAUGCUCAUCCUCAGCAAUAUGGUACCAGCUGAGAGCAUGAACCUGGUGAAGGCCAUCGUCCCUGUAGCCUGGGGCUGCCUGCUCUUCCUCAUGAUUGCCCUCCUUGUCGUCUCUCUGGGAUACCUGCUGGCACAGGCUUUCUGUGAGAAAAAGACCACCGAUGAUAUCCUCUGAUGGCCACUGGGUGGCGCCAUGGAACCCAAGCGUCUUCCUUCUGGCAAGUCAUCAAGAGUGACUUUAAAUGUGUCAAACGGGUUUCGUCGUCAGGGAGAGGCACCCAAUUUGUCCCCCUACACCCAGCAUGGAUGAGGGUUCAGAAUCAAGUUAGCAGAUUGGUCAGUGAAAUAUUAUGCUAGUAAAUAACUGAAAGUUAAUGAUCUGCCUUCUGCUGCACCCAGUCUUUUGAGAGAGAGCAACUUUCACCUGAAAGAUUAAUCUACAUGGUUUUUAAAAUUUCAUUUUACCCACUUUAAGCGCCGUGUCUGAGAUUGGCUACAGUAAAUUGUUUAAAAAGGAGGGCGUGAGAGCAAUUGCUGAUUUAUUUUUAUUUCUGUCAUUUCACUGAUAGGUUUUUAGGAACGUGGACAUGUUCAAUGUCUUUGUGUGAGGAAAAGUUACCAAGCUGUUUUAUUCUCCUAAAUGAUGUCAACUAGUCACUGAGGUUCACAGAUACUGUUUAAAUUUAGAUUUUGUACAGUUUUUAAAUAAAUGUGAUUUGACAAUGGG